AUGGGGCAAGGACACUCUUCCGAUUUACAUCCUUUGAACAUUUUGUCCUUUUGCGAUUGGCCACACCGGGGUAUUUGUACCCAGCUGAGCCCAGCGCUGCGAUCCUCACUGCAACUGGAGGAUGGACAAGGCUACUGGCAUUUCCUUUGCGAGCGACUUGCUGAAGAACAUGACAUCUACUUUCCUCGUGAUGGUACGGACCCUGUCAAGAAGUGCCCUGUAGCGAGAGACUGGCGAGAGCUAUUUUUGGAGCUCUAUGCCAUCAAG